AUGGAUCAAAUGCAUAUUAUUAAUUAGUUUUCAAGAAGUUUGAUUUAAAUAACUUAUCUUUUGAAGGUAUUAACAUAAAAAAUAUAUCAUUGGUAGGAGCAAAUUUUGCAAAAUUUAAUUUAAGUGAAUCUGAAUUAGUAAAUGUAAAUAUAAAAUGAACCAAUUUAAAUGUAUAUUUAUUAUUAUUCGGGUAAAAGUGAAAAAAUUUAAGAGUCCUUGAGUUAUAAAAAUUUUAUGGUCAUAUUAGUUAGGUUCGAUCAGUCUCCAGAUGAUUCUACUUUAGCUCCUAGUAGUGAUGAUAACUCUAUUUUUGUUUAUGAGAUUAUAAGACCGGACAAUAAAAAUCAAAAUUGAAUGGCCAUUCUAAUUGUGUUCUAUCAGUUUGCCUUUCUCUGAUGUUUACAGAUUAGCAUCUGGUAGUGAUGAAAAAUGUAUCUGUUUAAGGGAUAUAGAGAGAAGACAAUAAAAAUUGAGAUUGGACGGCCAUGCAAGUUCUGUAGGGUCAGUUUGCUUCUCUCCUGGUAAUACAUUAGCAUCAGUUAGUUGGGAUAACUCUAUUAUGGAAUUUUAAUUAAGGAAAAUAAAUUUAACUAUUAUUUUUAUUUUAUUUAAUUAAUACUAACAUCAUAUAUAUAUAUAUAUAUCAAUUAGUAGAGAUGGAGUAUUCUUGGCUACUUGUGAUAAUAUGAUAAAAUAUAAAUUAUAUAAUCAUAUCUCAUUAUUAAUCUAAUUCAUUUAGUGA